AUGAGGGGAGACCGUCACUUUAGCUGGUUCCCGGACAGCAGGGCGUCGAAUUCUUUUUCUCUCGCGGCCGGCCAUGCCGCCGACCAAUCGCCACGGCAAACGAUCCCCCCCCUUCCGCGCUCCAAGUCGUCCAAGCUGCGCGUUGACGACCCAGCCGACAAGUCCCUCUACUGUUGGCAACACAAGAAGCAGGCCAGCCUGUCGGCUCGCAUCAACACGCUAGUCAAUCGCCUGGGCCUCAUCACAACACAAACAAACUCUCCCAAGCCGCCGCGGCGACAGCAGCACCCCCCCGACUAUAUGUCGCUCAUCCUGGCGAGCGAGUCGCUGCAGACGGCCUCGCUGCUGCUCGCCGAGCUCGCCGAGCUCGUGUCGCAGCAGAACGAGGCUGGGAGGGCGAAUGAUGUGCUUGCGUCGUACGCUACCGCGGACGAUGACGACGACGACGACUACGACGGCGACGACGGCGACUACACGCCUAGAAGCAGGAGCCGAGGCGCGGGACGGGCUGCGGAGGGGAGAACCAAGAAGAGCACGGGCUCGAAGGAAAAGAAAAUCUUGCUCAAGAUUGGUCGCGCUACCAAUGUGCACCGCGUGCUUAAUUAG